ACCAUUUUUAAAAAACUCAUCUUUUCUUUCUUCACCAAAUCAAUUCACAGAUGGAAGAGGUGGAAAUCCCAUCUUAUUUCCUAUGCCCGGUUUCUCUCCAAAUGAUGCGAGAUCCGGUAACUCUCCCCACCGGCAUCACCUUCGAUCGUCAUAGCAUCGAACGCUGGCUCUUCUCCGACUCCAACCACAACACCUGCCCUGUAACCAAGCAGCCUCUGCCUGCAUCCGUCGACCUGACUCCAAACCACACCCUCCGCCGCUUAAUCCAAGCCUGGUGCGUCGCCAACGCCUCCAACGGCGUUGAAAGAAUCCCAACUCCCCGCCCCCAAAUCCAACUCUCCCACAUCUCGAAUCUCCUACUCGAAACCAAACGCUCCCCUGCCAACCACUUACCCUUCCUCCACAAACUACAGGACAUCAUCUCCGCCAGCGAAGCCAACCGCCGCUGCGUCGAGUCUUCCGAAGCAGUCGAAUUCCUCUCCUCCAUCAUCUUAGAAGAUCACGGCGACGAAGCUCUCGCCAUCCUUCACUCACUUCAAAUCUCCCCUCAGCGAUUUCUAACCCUCCUGAGAAAAAACCAAUCUUUUCUCGAUUCACUCUUCCAUGUCCUGCAACUAUCGAGCUUCAAAUCUCGAGCUUAUGCCACGUUGUUGCUCAAGUCUGUAAUUCCCUUGGUGUCACCUGCCAACCUCUCGAGUAAAAUUCAGGAGGAGAAGAUUCAUGAGAUUGUGAACGUUGUGAUCGAUCGAAUAUCCAAUCAGGCCACCAAGGCUGCUCUGCAAGUUCUUAUUGAGCUUUUUUCAUGGGGAAGGAAUAGAGUGAAGGCAGUUAACGCAGGGGCAGUUUAUGCUCUGAUUGAUCUUCUGCUUGAGGAGGAAGAUAAAAGGGUUUGCGAGCUGUCUCUUGUGGCAUUGGAUAAGCUAUGUGCUUGUGCAGAGGGGAGAGCGGCGCUCAUCGGGCAUGCGGCCGGUGUGGCCGUAGUAUCGAAGAAGAUACUUCGGGUUUCGCAGGUGGCGAGCGAGAGGGCCGUGAGGAUAGUGGAGAAGGUGGCGAAGCUUUCUGCAAGUCCUGUGGUUCUUCAGGAGAUGGUGCAGGUGGGAGUGGUUUCGAAGCUUUGUUUGUUGCUGCAAGUGGAGUGUGGGAUGAAGGAGAAGGAGAAGGCGAGGGAGAUACUAAGGUUGCAUGCUAGGGUUUGGAAGGACUCGCCUUGUUUAUCUCCUCAGCUUCUUUGCUCUUAUCCAUGUUCGUAACUAUAACCAUGUUGUACAUUGUUGUACACAUGGGUGCAACAGUGUACAAUAUGAUUAUAGUAGGAGUCCACAUACAUGUUGAUUCUGUACCUAAUAUUUUAAAUAGGAAAGAUAAUCACGGUGUAAUUGUUACUCGCACAAAAAAAAAAUGUAAGCAAUUGAGAAUUCUAUGCUAGAUUUCUAAAUUGUUUGUUAG